GCUCUUGUUUUUUGAAGCCCUUAGAACUGCUGUGCGAGAAGGCGAUUGGCACUGGGAUUCGGCCAAUGGGAGCUGGAGAAGCGCUCCGUAGAGUUCUUGAGUGUCUCGCAUCUGGAAUCCUCAUGACUGAAGGUUCAGGCAUUUGUGACCCUUGCGAAAAGGAGCCAACAGAUGCCAUUGGUCACAUGGAUCGCCAGCAGCGGGAGGACAUCACCCAGAGUGCUCAGCAUGCCUUAAGGCUUUCAGCUUUUGGACAGCUGCACAAAGUGCUCGGUAUGGACCCACUUCCUUCAAAAAUGCCUAGAAAACCAAGGAGUGAGACACCUAUUGACUAUACAGUUCAAAUCCCACCCAGCACAACCUACAUGCCGCCAAUGAAACGCCCCAUAGAGGAGGAGGAGGCUACUGAUGACAAGAAUCCAAACAAGAAGAAGAAGAAAUUGCAAAAGAAAUCUCCAGAGGAGAAGGCAGAGCCGCCACAGGCCAUGAAUGCCCUGAUGCGUCUGAACCAGCUGAAGCCGGGUCUACAGUACAAACUCAUCUCUCAGACUGGGCCUGUUCAUGUGCCGGUGUUUACUAUGGCUGUAGAGGUGGACGGAAAGAACUUUGAAGCAUCUGGUCCCUCCAAACGCACUGCGAAACUACACGUAGCUGUCAAAGUGUUGCAAGAUAUGGGUCUGCCAACGGGAUUGGAGCAAAAGAUAGCUGAACUGGUGAAACAGGAGGAGCCGGUGACCACUCAGGAGACUUUGCCCGCUGUGACCCAAAUGGAGCCAGAAACGGCACCAACCGCAGACAGCCCCACUGACGAGAGUGCUAAACAGCAGGGGCCCAUCCUAACCAAGCAUGGAAAAAACCCUGUCAUGGAGCUCAACGAAAAACGCAGAGGACUGAAGUACGAGCUCAUCUCUGAGACCGGUGGAAGCCAUGACAAGCGCUUCGUCAUGGAGGUGGAGAUUGACGGACAAAAAUUUCAGGGUGCCGGAUCCAAUAAAAAGGUGGCAAAGGCCUACGCAGCACUUGCAGCCCUGGAGAAGCUCUUCCCAGAAGGCUCCAACUCCGAGGCAAACAAGAAGAAGAAAAUGCCUCCAAUGCACCCCGCUGGAUUUGGGAUGGUGAGUGGGCCGCCUGCUGACAUGGCAAUCAAUCCCAGGGGCAGAGGAAGAGGACGUGGCAGGGGCCGAGGUCGUGGAUUUAAUGGUGGAGGAUUCAAUCAAGAUUUCUUUAAUAAUGGAGGGUCUAAUGGUGGACCAGUGGCCUCGGGUCCUGGAUCAUCAGGUCCAGGCACAAACCUGUCUUCUGGGGGAGCAGCAGGGGCGACUGGUUUCGGCUCGUAUUAUCAGAGUGACGGUGGCUACUCGUCCCCUACCGGAACCCCCAAACCGGCCGGUAAGAAGCCACCCAUGCACCAAAACACCAAGCCUCAAGGAUCCGGAGUUGGCCAAGGGGGUUCCUUUGGUCAGUACAGCCAGGGCUUUGGACAGAAAAAGAACUUCGGUCAGGCUCAAGGUGGUGGUGGUGGAGUAGUAGGAGGAGGAGGAGGAGGUGGUGGUGGAAACUUCAACUACAGCACUGCUUAUCCCUCACAGGUGACCGGAGGACAGGACUACAGCUAUGAAGGUGACGAAAACACUCUGAGUUACAAGAAUAGUUCACCCGAAAAUUGA